GUUACGCCGAGAGAACCUUCAAAGCUUACUCCGUCGUUGCUUUGACAUCUGCAGCGACUGGGGGUCAUUUCCGCCAUUUUGAAAUUUCCACGAUGGCGGCUCUAUAGAUUAUAAGGGCGUUGGAAGGAAAGGCAGAUUUUUAUAGAUCAAGAAUUUCAACGAUCGGAAGGGUGAGAGCUUGUAAAAUGGCGAAAAAGGACGAACCGGUGCUCGGAGUCCCCUACUACGUCCGGGAGAAUCCGUACCAGAGAGGAAUGGUCCCUCCUAAUGCCGUGUUCGGUGAUCCGAAGGGGAUACCGAUCCAACAGACGAUUUAUCGGGAUACUCCUGCCCCUAUUAACUGCGCUUUCUGUGGUAGUAGCGGAGUUACAACUGUCAAAUCAAAGCCAAGUUUGGCAGCUGUGGUUGGAUGCAUGAUGCCAUUUAUGCUUGGAAUUUGCUUCCUUUGCCCUUCAAUGGACUGCCUUUGGCACAAGUAUCACUAUUGCCCGAGCUGCAAAGAAAAGGUUGCUGACUUCGAGAAAUCAGAUCUUUGUGCAGUUAUGGAUCCUCCCCAAUGGACGCAGGAGAGCUUUGCAUUACCUGCGUGAUAUGAUAAGUCUACUAUUUGCAUUGUGCCUGUACUGCUUUAAUUGUCUGCUUGUGCUUUAUUAUCUGCUUAUUGGUAACUCCUUGUUACAAUUACCUAUACAUGGAGCUGUAAACAAGUAUUGUGGUUUGAUAUUCAAAUGGUGUGAAAGUACUGUAUUUGUAUAUCACACAGUAUCUUCAUUUUUUUUGAAUGGGUAUAUCACACAACAUAUUUCAUGUG